ACAGUCCCACUGUGGGGAGAGCAAGUUUUUUGAGGACAACCUUAAUUUUCAUUUUCUAAUCUUCUGAGGUUAAACGCCAAGUGGGGUGCCAAGCCAAGAAAAAUAACAAGAAAGAAGAUACUUCAAUUUGAAAACGCGAUCUGUGGGACGGGCCAUUUUUCCAGUUUUCCAUUUUGAGUCUGAGUUGCUGUUGUUGAGAGAUUACAUGAAGCAGACCACAUUCGAAGCCCAAGCCUUUUUGGAAGCUGUGCAGUUCUUCCGGCAGGAGAAGGGUCACUACGGCGCCUGGGAAGUGAUUACUGGAGAUGAAGUCCAGAUCCUGAGUAAACUGGUGAUGGAGGAGCUCCUGCCGACCCUCCAGACUGACCUGCUGCCUAAACUGAAGGGGAAGAAGAAUGACAGAAAGAGAGCCUGGUUUGGACUCCUGGAGGAAGCCUACAAUCUGGUUCAGCACCAAGUUUCAGAAGGAUUAAGUGCCUUGAAGGAGGAGUGCAGAGCUCUGACAAAGGACCUGGAAGGGACCAUCCGCUCAGACAUGGAUCAGAUUGUGAACUCAAAGAACUUUCUAACUGGGAAGAUCAGAGCAAUGGUGGCUCAGCCGGCCGAGAAUCGCUGUGGGGAAAGUGUGCAGCCCUUCCUGGCAUCCAUUCUGGAGGAGCUAAUGGGGCCGGUGAGCUCCGGUUUCAGUGAAGUCCGUGCACUUUUCGAAAAAGAAGUAGAUGAACUCAGUCAGAGCUUCCACACCACCCAGGACGGUGCCCAGCUGAAGGAGUGUCUAGACCAGCUAAUGAAGCUUCCUCUGGAUUCUGUGAAGAUGGAGCCUUGUUACACUAAAGUCACCCUGCUUCCAGAGCGCCUGCUGGACCUCCAGAGUCGCUUCAGAUUCCCUCACGUUGAUCUGGUGGUCCAGAGGACUCAGAACUACAUGCAGGAGCUCAUGGAGAAUGCUGUGUUCACAUUUGAGCAGUUGCUCUCCCCAUAUCUUCAAGGAGAGGCUUCCAGAACAGCAGUGGCCAUCGAGAAGGUUAAGCUCCGUGUCUUAAAGCAAUACGAUUACGACAGCAGCACCAUCCGCAAGAAGAUCUUCCAGGAGGCAUUGAUUCAGAUCACACUACCCACUGUGCAGAAGGCGCUGGCGUCCACAUGCAAACCAGAGCUUCAGAAAUAUGAGCAGUUCAUCUUCGCAGACCACACCAAUAUGAUCCAUGUUGAGAACAUCUAUGAAGAGAUUUUGUAUCAGAUCCUCCUCGAUGAGACCCUGAAAGUGAUAACGGAAGCAGCUAUCUUGAAGAAACACAACUUAUUUGAAGACAACAUGGCCUUACCCAGUGAAAGUGUGUCCAGUCUGACAGACCUCAAAACCUCCAUGGGGUCAAACCAGGCCAGCCCAGCCAGAGGAGCAUCUGCCAUUCUCCCAGGAGCUCCAGGCGAUGAGGCUCCAGGCAGCGAAGUGUUCCAGGGGCCUGAGGAAAAGCAGCAGCAGCCUGGGGUCCCUGGCUCGCUGGCCAGAGAAGAAAGUGCUUCCAUCUCUGGGUCCAGCCCUCCUUCAGGUGAGGAUGGGCAGGUGUCUGUGUCCGGUGUGGAUAACUCUGCCGGGAACCCUCUCAGUGCAGAUAAUUCAGCAGGACCUCUCAGCUCACACUUGUCAGAGGCAGAAGCUGGGGAGCCCCCUAAAGAUGAGGAAACAGCCCACAAAAGGCCAGAGUCUAGCGCCGUGCCAGGGUCCUUGAGGGAACUGAAGGAGUUGUUGACUGUGACGGUGUUCGUCGAGUCUGCCCCAGAGAUUGGAAAUGAUACACUAAACGGGACACCUGUUCCCCAAGAAGAUAAAAAAGAAGAAGAAGAGGAGGAGGAAAGCAAGAUCCACCCAGAAGCCAGCGGCCCAGCUGCCAUCCAGCAGGACAGCUGUGAAGAAAGUGAAGUCAGAGAGAGGGAGGCCCAUCCUAUGCCUUUGGAAGCUGAGGCUCCUGGGGUGAACUUGGGGACACUGCCAGAGGGUAGAGGGCCUACCUCUCAGUCUACCGGUGAGGGACUCACUGAGAACACCAGCUGUCUAGGCCCCAUAGAGGAGCCAUCUGAGGCUCAAGGGCCCACUGAGGAGGUGCUCCUAGCCACAGUUUCCACACAGGACAGCACCGAGGCAGGAGGUGAGGCUGUGCAUUCUGUGACAGUCACACCUCAAGAAGAUGCCACGUUAAGUUCUAACCCCAUCUGUCCCGUGGAGAAUAAUGAGGGGCCCCAGGUUUCUGAGGAUCAGGAAGUGCUGGGAGGGAAUGAUAGCCCAGCCCUUGCUAUGGAUACAGAGCAAAUCAACGAUGCCCAUGUGUAUGAGUGCCACUGGGAGGUAGAAGAUGCCCCGAGCGCCGACAUCCUAGAUGUUCACGAUUGUGAUGUGGGCUCCCCAGGGGAGUGGUAGAAUCAGUUUGCCGGUCUUUUUUCUUUUAAAACUGUCAGUCAAGGGGUAUUAGUUAUGGGUAUCCUUAGGGGGUUGCAUGUGACUCGCUAUAAAAAUUAUGAAAUGUUUCUUUAAUUUGAAAGAUGAAGCCAGAGUGCACAGACGGUGGGAGCAGUGAGCAGGCUUUGGGGCGCUGAAGUGCUCCCCAUGAAUGAUCUAUCACUUUGGCAUUUUAAUAGGAAUGGUAAGAGAACUGAAGCAUUGGGGCAAAGUCAAAGGGGAUCCAGAAAGGGGAGCAGAAAAUGACACAUCAAUAAUCUCUUCACUGAAACGUGGUACACAUUUUGAACUGAGUGUUAAGGCCUUUUUAGCAAGCAUGAGAAGGACUCCAGCCUCAACACCUGCUCAGCUGUCACUCCUCACCUGGUCGGCUGCACUGUCUCCUGUCCUUAGACAGGUCACAAGAAAGAGGAAGUCAUGAACCAGGCACCCCUGUCCUGCAAAGUACAGAGCCAGUCACCGCUGGUAGAGCUCAGGGGAUGCAGAGCAGAAACCCAAGGUGGAAGGUCUGUGGAACUAUGGAGCCCUGUUCCUAACCCUGCUAGCAAUCCCUUGCUGGUUAAUUCUGCUGGUUUACAUUAAUUAAUCACCCUUUAAGGAAAUUCAGGCAGGGUAAGAGAUUUCACUGGCAUGAAUCAGCCUUAGGUUGUACAAAGUGCUUGUCUAAAUUUUCUAGCUCGAAACCUACCAGUGACACAGACAUGACUUGAACAGAUACUGCAUGCUCUGUUAGUCGUCAUAAUAAAUAAAAGACCAGCGCUUUGCUUUCAUAUAAAUGAGAAGACUCAUGGGAAUUCAGCCUAGAAGGAAAGAAUAUUCCGAAUUUUAAGUUUUUUUUUUCUUUCUUUUUUUUCAGAGCUGGGGACCGAACCCAGAGCCUUGCGCUUGCCAGGCAAGCACUCUACCACUGAGCUAAAUCCCCAACCCCCCGAAUUUUAAGUUUUAAACCAUGAUGGCUUUUACUCCUCCUAUUCACAUGGCUCUGGUUUAUUCUCGGGGGGGGGGGGGGGGAGAGGAAUGAAUUAAUGAAUGGAUGAAAAGAGGAAUGAAUGAGAAGUUUAUGUAAUUACCACGGACUUUACUUUUACCAGUGUAGAAAUCACUCAACAGAUUGUUUUCUUAGGAAUCCCUUCAGGCACAAACCUGGGGACACCAUGAUGAGAAGACUGAAAGAAACAGAAAGAAAUUGACCUCUAAAAUAAAUGGCAGCCUGUAACUGUCAGUGUAGGACACGAAUGCACUUCGUUGCAGUAAGACCUAUCACGUUGUGUUUCGGGAAAGGCUCACACUGUUCCCAGAAGGUUUCAGCUGCAGGUAGUGGACUGGUUCUUCCUUUCACACAUCUUAACCUCAGCGCCUCACCCGUCAGCUUCGGGGUUGGCUUUACUCAGUGCCAUCAAGCACCUCCUUCAGAGGACUUAUCCCACACUUAGCCGUUUAAGCGGGAAUUAAGCAAUCUCCCUCCCCACCCCUCCCACGAAGGCUUUCUGGGACUUCUGAGGCACAGAGGAUGAGUAACAAUCAUGCCAGCAUGGUCUCACACUGAGUCACUUUACCUUUUUUUCCUGAAUCACUUGCGUCCUUGUGUCCAUGAGAUAUCCCACGACUAAGUGAGGAAGGACUAACCAGGCGUCUCACCAGUAAGUGAGGAUAGCCCACGCUCCCUGUUUACCUUUUACCCAGUCUUUAGUAUGGUGCACUGAGUGGUGUUUACUUCCACAACCUCCUCCUCUCCUUCAAGGACUGAAACUGGGGAUUAGUCAUCGUUUGUUCUUUCAAACCUACAGCCUUCAUAAUGGCUUUCUGCUUGCCAAGAAGCUUUAACAUCCCAGGGCCUAGGAUAAGGGCUGACAAGUUUCAUGCUACUCCGGAAAUGUGGGAGCUGAGCGCCCGGCAGACACGCUGCUAUGCAGGGGCUAUUUGGGGCUUGCUUUUAGGGAUUUGUUUCCAAUUGAGCUUUCUGACCUUGUUGAAUCUUCCCAUAAAUAAAGUCCAAAGCUGAAGAGGCAGAUAGCCAAAUGGCCAGCAGCAUGUCCAGUCAGUCAGAGAGCCAAGAGAGCAGCAUCUGGCCUCACAAACACUACCCUUCUUUCUCAGAGGGCCACGGCUAUUGUGGAGCUCCCAGCUCAUGCCAACCCCGCUCCAGAACCUCUCCUCUCCCCUGCCUUUGCUCACCUCCUGUACAGCACAAGAAGCUAAGAAUAAACAAGAGUUCAUGUCACCAAGUCGGCUGGAUGAAUAUUAGUGCCAACUCAGAAGGCCAGGCAGGAGUCGGCACUAAGAGCAGGACAUUCUAGAAAAUGCCAAGAGCACUUCCAUCCAUAUCUCACACAGCCAGGGUCUCCAAAAUAGGCAAGACGAGCUGUGACACAGCAGGAUGGACAAGGACCCUGCAGUGCACUAAAAUAGUCUGCGUGGUAACACACCCAACACUUGUCUUGCUUUUCAUGGAUGUGUGUGUGUGUGUGUGUGUGUGUGUGUGUGUGUGUGUGUGUGUGUGUGUGUUCUAGUGUUUCCAUGGGGUGGGGGAUAGCAAGGUGCUUGCGAUCUGAGUGGGAAAUCUCUGCCUUGGGCAAAGCUGUUGCAGACUCCUAGUUCCUGGCCAAAUCUCCAGGACUUUAAACUAGUUAUGUUACUUACUGACCUUUCACAAAGAGAUUUUCCUUGGAAAAAAAAAAAAAGACUUGUUCCAGUAACUUGGCACAGUGUAUGAAAUUAUGCAGUAACCCCAACACACACACACACACACACACACACACACACACACACACACACACACACAUUUUUAAAAAGCAUUUUGGAGACCACAAGGUCAGAUUCCAGCCUGUUGUGGAGAGUUUGAGUGUGAAGAAUUAUCCCAUGGAACCUCAUGAUUGCCCUUGUCAUUCUUCAGAUUAAAGAAUUCUGACUUCUGAGGAUUUCAUAGUUUCUCCGGACAAAAGUGACUUUAGUUUGUUACUUUUUGUAAAGUGUUACAUGAGCUGAGGGCAUGGUUUCAGAUAUAGCCCUUGCCUAGCAGGCUGGAGGUCCUAGUUCAACCCCCAAGUGGUGGCUGGGGGUGUAGGGGAGGCUACGUGAUGUAUGAGGUGUGCCAGAUAGUCAUUUCAAUAUGGCGGAAGGUUGGAUAUCAUUGACAUAGACCACAAUGUAGCUUCACGAUGUGAGAAUGCCUUCUCUACCAUAAACACACAUGACUAGGGAUUUGCCUUCUGAAGUCUGGGACUUUGGGAAAAGGAAUCCCACACUGUGGUUUCAUUUUUGCAUUCACUAUACACAGUAAGUAAACUAAGAACAUGUUGUAACCAUGUAUUUACUCUGCCAAGUGCCUAUAUGCCAAUAAAACAUUCAUCGCUGAAGGGCUGUCCAGAUACCUUUAUUUAGAAUGGGGCUGGCUUCAUCUUUAAGCAAAUGUCACACUGGAGCUGCAGGAACAGCCCUUAGAAAUGAAAGGGCAAGUCACUCCUGCUGGCUCUGGAAAUUUCACGCCUCUUGUUGUUGGGGAGAAAUCCACUGGGGCACGACUUGAUGUCCAAUGAAAUUCUGCUUUGAUAACACACAUGCUUAUUUUUCAAGGAAUUGGAUCAAUUCCACAAACCAGCAAUGGGCAAUUACUCUUGAUAUAAUUGAACGGCUGUUCAAACUUAAGUAUAUUUUCAGCGGGCGAGACUGAGUAAAACGUUCCUUCCUUCUGUAAUUAUAAAUAAAACAGUGUUUACUUACUAACA